AUGAAUUUUAUCAAAAAGUUUAUAGGGACUACAUCUACCGAUGAAGUUGCUUCAAUACCUUCAGGAAAAUUAUUCCUAACGCGAUCAAAACAAUCACCUAAAGGGGAAAUUGAAUGUUUAUACAAUGAUGCUUAUGCUGCAAUUAAACAAACUACAACACCCUUUUUUUAUCAGUUAUGUGUUACAAAAGUGUAUCAGGAGGGCGAACGUGAGUUUAGCAGUAAUUCCAAUUACUCUGACGAUGAAUACGAUGAAGAUGAAGAUGAUGAAAUCGAAGCAAAUGCAUCAAUUGUUCUGCCAAAUGCUAAAUAUGAUUCAAGACAUUCAUCAAAAGAUGAAUGGGUGUUUCCCAUAACUGAGGAUUUAAGAUUUUUUCGCAAAGAUGUGGCGUCUGAUGGUAGUUCAAAAGCUAUUGCUUGGAAGGAUUUAAAUGGUGAUUUAGGUGACAAGUUUGAAUUUAUUGUUGGCGAUGAUGUAAGAAAUAGUGAUUUUGAAUCGUUUAUGAUGACCAUUUACAAAUGUUUAUAUGAACAAAAGUAUCAUGAAAGUUCCAUCAAGAUUAAUGAUUCAAAUUUGUUGAAGGAAUUUAUUCACAAUCCUAAACUGGAGUUGUUGAAUUUCGAUGAUUUAGAAUUCGAAGAGGAGGAGGAGGAGGAGGAGGAGGAGGAGGAGGAGGAGGAGGAGGAAGAGGAAGACUCCUAUUCAGAUCAUAGCGAGGAGGCUGCAUCAGAGUUCAAGGAUGCUAAACAACCGAAAGAAAAUGAAGGCCAGUCUUUGUUUGUUGAUAAUGAAGAUAUAAAUAGCUCCAACUCGGAAACCAAUGAAAAUGAAAGACAAGCUGAACCCAAAGGUGACGUUGUUUAUUCAACAAAGAAAUUUGCCUUGCACUUGUAUGAUUCAAUAAGUGGUACGUUUGUGUUGAAAAGUAGCUCAGUUGAUUUAAAAUUGAUUGAUUUGAGCAAAUGGGAACAUACAUUGUAUAUUACUUCCACAGAUGGAUUGAUAGUCAAUGCAACAGUGAGCAAGUAUAUGAAUCCUACAUUCAAUUAUGAACAUUCUUCUUUUAUUUUCAACCACUACACAUUCAAAGAUAACGAAAUUGUGGCAAACUCAUGGCUGUUAAAGUUUCUUGAGUUUAAUGAUUUGGUUCAAUUUCAAAACAAAUUUGUUGUUGCAAUGUAUGAGACCUUGAAUAAGAAAAAAUUUGGUGCUGAUAAAGGAGAGGACGAGUACUUUGUUGAUGCAUUUUCAAAUUUGGAUUUAAGGAACAAGAAUGACUCGGUGAGUGAAGAAGAAGAGGAUGAAUCAGAAGACGAGUCAGAAGACGAGUCGGAAGAUGAGUCAGAAGAUGAGUCAGAAGAUGAGUCAACGGUUGAACCAGAGGUUGAUGAGUCGGCAAAAGAAUUCAAUGAGGAGUUGCAAACUUUUGGCAAAAAGGACAAAAACACAUACUUGAGUGUCGGAUACAAGGAUCGUGCCUAUGUGGCUCGUGGUGACAAGAUUGGUGUAUUUAGCCAAGACGACAAGUCACUAAAUUUCCAAACAACAAUCAAUAAUGUCACUGACUUGAAGGGACACAAUUUCAAUCCACAAAAGAUGUUGCUUCACCAAGAAGAUCAAUUUUUGAUUUUAUCCAAUCCUGAUGUGAAUGAUAAAGCUCUUUACAAAAUGGAUCUUAAUCGUGGUAAAAUUGUCGAGGAGUGGAAAGUUUCCGAUUUUGUACCGAUUAAGUCAUACGCACCUAGCUCCAAGUUUGCUCAAUUGACAAAUCAGCAAACAUUGACUGGUAUUUCUUCCAACGGACUUUUUGAAAUUGAUCCUAGAUUAAAAGGCAAUAAGUUAGUCAACGACCAAACUUAUAAACAAUACAAAACCAUAAACAAUCAAUUCCAAACAUUGGCUACGACUGAAAGUGGUCACAUUGCUUUGGGCUCAGGUAAAGGUGAUAUUCAAUUAUUCGAUCGAUUAGGUGUCAAUGCCAAAACAGCAUUGCCAACCUUGGGUGAUCCGAUUGUUGGAAUUGAUGUAUCAAAAGAUGGCAGAUGGAUCUUGGCCACUUGCAAGACAUACAUCUUGUUAAUUGACACCAAGAUUUCUAGUGGUCAGAAAAAUGCUGGCAAGUCCGGUUUCACAGCACACUUUGAUAAGGACAAGAAACCAACGCCAAGGCGAUUACAUCUCUUGCCGGAACAUGAGGCUUUUAUAAACAAUGCCAACCACAAGAAUGAAUUACAUUUUACUCGAGCAUAUUUCAAUACAGGAAUAGACAAAAAGGAAACGGCAAUUGUUUCAUCUACUGAUAAUUAUAUAAUUACAUGGUCACUAUUGAAGGUUUUGAAAAAUGAUCCUGUGCCUUAUGUCGUUAAAAGGUAUAAACAAAAUGUUGUUGCUGAUAAUUUCAAAUACGGAUCGAAUAAUCAAUUGAUUAUGGCGUUGCAGGAUGAUGUCUCAAUGGUGAGUCGAAAAGCUUUGGCAAAUCCCAAAGAUGUGUUUCAAAAGUAG